ACAAGCAUGAAUCUUGAGCUUGAGCAAUUAGAUGUGAAAACUACAUUUCUCCAUGGUGACUUGCAUGAGGAAAUUUAUAUAGAUCAACCAUAAGGUUUUAAAGAAGAAGGGAAUGAGCAUAUGGUUUGCAAGUUGAAGAAGAGCUUGUAUGGAUUGAAACAAGCUCCAAGACAAUGGUACAAGAAGUUUGACUCUUUUAUAACAAAUCAUGGUUAUAAAAGAACAAAUGCAGAUCCAUGUGUUUACAUCAGAUCAUUCCUUGAUGGCAACUUCAUUCUCCUUCUACUAUAUGUUGAUGAUAUGCUGAUUUUGGGACAAGAUGUUGAGAAAAUUUGUAUGUUAAAAGAGGAGUUAUCAAAGUCCUUUGACAUGAAGGACUUAGGACCAACAAAGUAGAUUUUGGAUACUAAACAUGGAGCAUCUGGGAGGCAGGGGAAAUAGAGAGCCACCUUAGAAAUAGACUAUUUAGUUCUUUCCAAUUAUGCUUAGCAUUCAUGGACAUUUAAAAUAAAGAGAUUUUAAUUUAGUGCUAGUUAAACUUCAGAUUCUUGGUGUAGAAUUGAUUUUAGAUGAUGGAGUAUUAUUAUCAUAUAUACAUUUUUCUAUUAAUUUUCUUAAAAGUGAAGAAUAAAUUUUAUGCAAAGCU